AGUAAUUUGGAACAAACACUCUAAUAUUUGAGAGUAAAAGAAAUUUUAAGAAGCUGGUCCAAACAUACCCAUAAGGAUCAAACAAUUUUUAUGAGAGGGAGUGAUUUAUAUUUUAAGUUUAACCGCGCUGAAGAUCGUGAAGCUCAUUUCUGCCGUUCUGCGAUAAUACCCAAGGCAAAACUAUCAAGAACAAAAGAAGAAGCAUGGCUCCUCUCUCUUCCACCAGCCACACCGAUGAGGUUCUCGUCGAGGAAACUGCAUGUGUGAGAACGUUCAUACUGAACAGACCCAAACAACUCAAUGCUCUUUCUUACGCUAUGGUAUCUCGGUUACUAGAACUUUUACUAGUCUGCGAAAAUGAUUCAAAUGUCAAGUUGAUUAUCUUGAAGCAGAGUAGUGGAAGAGCUUUUUGUGCUGGUGGAGAUGUUACAGCUGUAGUUCAUGAUAUUAAAAAAGGAAACUGGAAGUUUGGUGCAGAGUAUUUCAGAAAAGAGUUUACCAUGAACUAUGUAAUGGCAACUUAUAGCAAACCCCAGGUUUCAAUCCUUAACGGAAUUGUCAUGGGAGGUGGAGCAGGUGCUAGUGUACACGGAAGAUUCCGAGUUGCUACUGAGAAAACGGUUUUCGCUAUGCCUGAAACAGCUUUAGGCCUUUUCCCAGAUGUAGGUGCCUCCUACUUUUUAUCAAGGCUUCCUGGUUUUUUUGGAGAAUAUCUUGGCCUGACUGGUUCUAGGUUGGAUGGUGCUGAAAUGGUUGCAAGUGGUCUAGCUACUCAUUUUGUCCCUUCAGAGAGACUGUCACCCUUAGAAGAAGCAUUACAUAAUAGCAAUUCAAGUGACCCAGUAAUUAUAUCUGCAAUUAUCAGUGAGUUUUCACAAGUACCAAAACUAAAAGAGAGGAGCAUGUAUAAUCAGUUAAAGAUCAUCAAUCGCUGUUUCUCUCAAAGAACAGUUGAAGAAAUCAUUUUUGCGCUUGAAAGUGAAGCUGCAAAUAACGAGGAUGAUUGGAUUUCUUCAGCAAUUCAAUCACUGAAGAAAGCAUCACCUACAAGUCUAAGAAUUUCUCUAAGAUCAAUACGGGAAGGGAGGCUGCAAGGUGUAGGCACAUGCCUAAUGCGCGAGUUUAGAAUGGUAUGCCAUGUUCUGCGUGGAGAGGUCUCCAAGGACUUUGUCGAGGGAUGCAGAGCUAUACUCUUGGAUAAGGAUAGAAACCCCAAGUGGGAGCCAUCCAACUUGGAACUGGUCACAGAUGAGAUGGUUCAUCAGUACUUUGUCAAGGUAGAUGACGUAGACUGGAGAGAUUUAGAGUUGCCAAGCAGAUCAACCGUGUUGCCUUCAUAUGCCCUUGCAAAGCUCUAAUAAGUAUUGACCAUUAUAGCAAAGUACUCCGAAUUCCGAAAGAUUAUUUACUUGUCCUGAGAUACGUUGGAGAAUUAUGAAGUGGGUUACUAAGCAUUAUUAAUCUCCACCGGGAGCUGGAUAGGUAAGCUGGAAUUCUUUGUGAAUGACCUCAGUCCUCACUUAGUAACUUCCAUUGCUGGUAUAUAAUUACAAUGUGAAGUACUGCUUUGUAAAAAUGGCUUCCUCAUAUGCAUUAAUGCUGAAAUGUAGUUUGUAUGAAUAUGCUAUGGGAAAUUUAUUUAAUGUGACCAAAACAUUUACAAUUUCCUAAUAUAUGAGUAAUAUUUAAAUUCAAGAGAGAAAAAUAACUUCAAAAC